CGUAGAAAAGAGGAGGAAGACUGAGGCCGCACUCUUUCUUCCUCCCUUUCGAGCCAUCCUCUCUUACUCUUUUAUCUACACCCUUCUCUCCCUAGCUACUCUCUCGAUGUCGGGAGAGAGUAGCGAGCCUUACCGCCAUGACUUCCCCUUCCACGACGAUCUGUUCUCGGUCUUCUCCCAGAAGCCCGACGGUUUACAGGGUUUCGAUCCGCAGACGGCACCCCCAUUCAUGAGCUUCGGUGACUACCUGCAUGGAUCGACGACGGACGGCAGCUUGGUGGUUCAAGGCUUCGACGCCCCACGCUCGCAGCCGUGCGAUCCGGUGGUGGGUGGUGAUGGCGGUAAGAACGCUGCGGCCGGGGGGGGCGACGGCAUGACUCCGGUGACGCCCAACUUCUCGGCGUCUUCGUCGUCGACUGAGGCUGCCGGCGACGAGGACUGGAGGCCCUGCAAGGUGGAUCAGCCGAAGCAGGAGGUGCAGGAAGAGGAGAAGCAUGCACCGCAGGACGGAGAAGGGCGUGACAAGACCAAGAAAGCGAACAAGCCGAGGAAGAAAGGCGAGAGACAAAGGGGUCCCCGGUUUGCUUUCAUGACCAAGAGCGAGGUGGAUCACCUCGAGGAUGGCUAUCGAUGGAGGAAGUACGGCCAGAAGGCAGUGAAGAACAGCCCUUAUCCGAGAAGCUACUACCGUUGCACGGCUCAGAAGUGCAACGUGAAGAAGAGGGUGGAGAGAUCAUGUCAGGAUCCUACGACCGUGAUCACCACCUACGAAGGGCAGCACACUCAUCACAGUCCUGCGAGCCUUCGCGGCGGCGGCGGCGGCGGCGGGCACAUGUUAUCAACCUCGCCGACGACGAACCUUCGCCGUAGCCUACUGCUGCAACAGGUCUCCCGCAGCAGCAGCUCGGCGGGGUACACAAACCCUAACACGUAUCAUGCAGGCCUCCCACCUCUUCUGCCUCAGCUUCACGUCCCCGACCAUGGCCUCCUGCAAGACAUCGUGCCCUCUUUCACCCACGGUAGCCAACGCUGAGAAGCUCCGUACCUCUGCCGCUCUUCCUUGUACGUGUAGCCAAGUAUAAGAACGCUGUGUAAUCUACGACAUAGAGAUAUGAUAACUCCAUGUGGAGAGCAGUUGUCGUUGCUGCCGGAAGUCAAAUCUCCAUGGAAGGAGGUCAAGGGAUCGGAGAUGGGCAUUGAAUGCCGAGAGUGGUAGGCUCGGGGAUGGCGGUGGGGGGAGGACAAGGAUUGUGGCAUGAGAAAUCCAAGGUUUUGGUCCCGCUAUCUUAAAUGGGGGAGUGAGGGGAAUGGAGGGGGGAAGGACUAGGGCUUAUCAUGGCUGGUCUUGCUCUAGAUUGGUAGCUGGAGUUAAUGCAGAAAGGGUGAGUCGUUAUUGAAGGGGGGGGGCGGAGAAUUUGGAGAGAUGCAAGUACAACGCAAUCCCUCUAUGCCUCCAUGCCUUCUUUAUGAUCCAAGAGGACAGUGGGCAAUGUCACUCUCUCUGCGAUGCUCAUCCUCUUUGUUUGUUCGGUAUAUGUAAUCAUAUCCUUCACUCCGAUGAUACUAAGCUUAAAAGCUUAUAGAUUUUUACCAUGAUGAGGAAUCCUUCUGUGAAGUGAGGUGGAAUGAGUGGAAAGCAUUUUCUACAA